GGAGGAGGCAGGCAGGCAGGCAGGCAGGCAGAGCUGACCCGCUUUGCGGUGUGUGUCGCCAAUCCUACAUCCCAGUCCGCCUGCAUGCAUUAACGAGCGCCGGACAUCAUCAGAUAAGAGGUGAAGAACAAGAUGGAUUGACCUACUUGUUUGGCAUUGCUGCUGCUGCUGCUGCUGCAUUUCUGGUGUGUUGGUCCUCGAGGCCGUGAUACAAGUCAUCAAGAUGGUGGCCUUGUCACUGAAGAUCUGUGUCCGCCAGUGCAACGUGGUGAAGACGAUGCAGUUUGAGCCGUCCACGCCGGUGUAUGACGCAUGCCGAAUCAUCAGAGAGCGAGUCCCUGAGGCGCAGACGGGACAAGCAUCAGACUACGGCCUCUUCUUGUCGGACGACGAUCCCAGGAAAGGAAUCUGGCUGGAGUCGGGAAGAACCCUGGAUUACUACAUGCUGCGUAAUGGCGACGUCUUGGAAUACAAAAAGAAACAAAGGCCGCAAAAGAUCAAAAUGCUGGAUGGAGCGAUUAAAACCAUCAUGGUGGACGACUCCAAAACAGUCGGGGAGCUGCUUGUCACCAUUUGCAGUAGAAUAGGAAUCACCAACUAUGAAGAGUACUCCCUCAUUCAGGAGGUGACCGAGGACAAGAAGGAGGAUGGAGUGGGGACACUGAAGAAAGACAGAACGCUGCUGCUCCGAGACGAGAGGAAAAUGGAAAAGCUCAAAGCCAAACUCCACACCGAUGACGACUUGAACUGGCUGGACCACAGCAGGACGUUCAGAGAGCAAGGAGUGGAGGAGAGCGAGACUCUGCUGCUCAGGCGCAAGUUCUUCUACUCAGACCAGAACGUGGACUCGCGGGACCCUGUUCAGCUCAACCUGCUCUAUGUUCAGGCUAGGGAUGAUAUAUUGAAUGGAUCCCAUCCCGUCUCCUUUGAUAAAGCCUGUGAGUUCGCAGGGAUCCAGGCUCAGAUCCAGUUUGGGCCUCACGUGGAGCACAAGCACAAGCCCGGAUUCCUAGACCUGAAGGAGUUCCUACCUAAAGAGUACAUCAAGCAGAGAGGGUCCGAGAAGAAAAUAUUCCAAGAACAUAAAAACUGUGGAGAGAUGACUGAGAUUGAGGCAAAAGUGAAAUAUGUGAAGCUGGCCCGGUCCCUGCAGACAUACGGGGUGUCCUUCUUCCUGGUGAAGGAAAAGAUGAAGGGUAAAAAUAAGCUUGUCCCGCGGCUGCUGGGGAUAACCAAAGAGUCAGUGAUGCGAGUGGAGGAGAAGACGAAGGAUGUGGUGCAGGAGUGGCCUCUGACAACCGUCAAGAGAUGGGCUGCCUCCCCCAAGAGCUUCACCCUGGAUUUUGGAGAGUACCAGGAGAGUUAUUACUCCGUUCAGACGACAGAGGGAGAGCAGAUAUCCCAACUUAUCGCCGGAUACAUCGACAUCAUUCUCAAAAAGAAGCAGAGUAAGGAUCGUUUUGGUCUUGAGGGCGAUGAGGAAUCCACCAUGCUGGAGGAAUCGGUUUCCCCCAAGAAGUCCACAAUUUUGCAGCAGCAGUUCAAUCGGGUCGGCCGUGUGGAGCACGGGUCAGUCGCACUCCCGGGCAUAAUUAGGUCGGGAUCUAUCGGUGGCCCUGACACCUUCAAUGUGGGCACUAUGCCGUCUGCACAGCAGCAAAUCACCACAGGGCAGAUGCACAGAGGACACAUGCCUCCACUGAGUCUGGCCCAACAGGCUCUAAUGGGGACCAUCAACAGCAGCAUGCAGGCUGUGCAGCAGGCCCAGUCUGACCUGGGACAUGUUGAUAAUCUCCCUCCACUGGGUCAUGACUUGGCAUCCAGGGUUUGGGUUCAGAACAAAGUGGAUGAAUCCAAACAUGAAAUCCACUCUCAAGUUGAUGCUAUCACCGCUGGAACAGCAUCUGUGGUCAAUCUCACUGCAGGUGAGCCCACGGAAACGGACUACACUGCAGUGGGCUGCGCCAUCACGACCAUCUCGUCCAAUCUCACGGAAAUGUCCAAGGGCGUCAAACUGCUCGCAGCGUUAAUGGACGAUGAGGUGGGCAGUGGACACAAGCUCAUGGGUGCUGCCAGGAUGCUGGCAGGAGCUGUGUCAGAUCUUCUCAGAUCUGUGGAGCCUGCAGCUGCAGAGCCCAGACAGACGGUGCUGACUGCAGCAGGAAGCAUUGGACAGGCCAGUGGGGACCUUCUCCGUCACAUGGGGGAGGGCGAGACAGAUGAGAAGUUCCAGGACACUCUGAUGAAUCUGGCCAAAGCAGUGGCCAAUGCAGCUGCUAUGUUAGUACUGAAGGCCAAGAACGUGGCCCAGGUGGCGGAGGACACCAUCCUGCAGAACCGGGUGAUUGCAGCUGCCACUCAGUGCGCCCUGUCCACCUCACAGCUGGUCGCCUGCACCAAGGUGGUGAGUCCAACCAUCAGCUCCCCAGUGUGUCAGGAGCAGCUUGUCGAAGCUGGGAAGCUGGUGGACCGAUCAAUGGAAACGUGUGUGAAAGCUUGCCGCUCAGCAAGUGACGAUGCCGAGCUGCUGAAGCAAGUCGGCACAGCAGCUGGUGUGGUGAGCCAGUCUCUCAGCGACCUGCUGCAACAUGUCCGCCACUAUGCCAGCUGUGGAGAACCCAUCGGACGUUAUGACCAGGCCACGGACACAAUUAUGAACGUGACGGAGAAUAUUUUCACUUCUAUGGGUGAUGCUGGUGAGAUGGUGCGUCAGGCCAGAGUGUUGGCGCAGGCCACGUCCGACUUGGUCAACGCCAUGCGAUCUGACGCAGAGGCAGAAGUAGACGUCGACAGCUCCAAGAAACUUUUGGCUGCAGCCAAACUCCUGGCCGAUGCCACAGCUCGGAUGGUGGAGGCUGCGAAGGGGGCGGCUGCUUACCCAGAGAAUGAGAACCAGCAGCAGCGGCUCAGAGAGGCUGCUGAGGGGCUCCGUGUCGCCACUAAUGCUGCAGCUCAGAAUGCAAUAAAGAAAAAACUGGUCAACAGGCUGGAGAUAGCUGCAAAGCAGGCAGCCGCGGCCGCUACUCAAACUAUCGCGGCUGCCCAAAAUGCCGCUGCUUCCAACAAAAACACAGUUUCACACCAACAGCUCGUACACAGCUGCAAGGCAGUGGCAGAUAACAUUCCCCAGCUGGUGCAGGGCAUGAAGAGUAGCCAGUCACAACCUGAGGAGCUGGGUGCUCAGCUCGCCCUCAUCAUUGCCAGCCAGAGCUUCUUACAGCCUGGAAGUAAGAUGGUAACAUCUGCAAAGUCAGCAGUUCCAACUGUCGCCGACCAGGCUGCUGCUAUGCAACUGGGCCAGUGUGCCAAGAAUCUGGCCACCUGUCUGGCAGAGCUCAGGACUGCCACUCAGAAGGCCCAUGAAGCAUGUGGUCCUCUGGAGAUCGACUCGGCUCUCAAAACAGUACAAACACUCAAGAGUGAGCUUCAGGACGCCAAGAUGUCUGUGAUCGACGCCCAACUCAAACCUCUUCCCGGGGAAACGCUGGAGAAGUGUGCUCAGGAUUUGGGAAGUACAUCUAAGGCUGUGGGCUCCUCUAUGGCCCAGCUGCUCACAUGUGCUGCGCAAGGCAAUCAACAUUAUACAGGUGUCGCUGCCAGAGAAACAGCACUGGCUCUAAGGACGUUGGCCCAAGCAGCCAGAGGUGUGGCCGCCAGCACCAAGGAGCCGCAGGCUGCAGCUGCGAUGCUCGACUCUGCCCAGUGUGUCAUGGAGGGAUCGGCCAUGUUGAUUCACGAAGCCCAUCAGGCUCUGGUUCAUCCUGGAGAUGCUGAGAGUCAGCAGAGACUCGCACAGGUGGCCAAAGCGGUGUCACACUCCCUGAAUAAUUGUGUGAAUUGCCUGCCAGGCCAGAAGGAUGUUGACAUGGCUCUCAGGAGCAUCGGAGAAGCCAGCAAGAAGCUGCUGGUGGACAUUCUCCCUCCCUGCAGCAAGACAUUCCAGGAGGCCCAGACUGAUCUGAAUCACACGGCAGCCGAACUCAACCACUCAGCAGGCGAGGUUGUCCACUCCUCUCGAGGAACAAGCGGCCAACUGGCUGCGGCCUCGGGCAAGUUCAGCCAAGACUUUGAUGAGUUCCUCGAUGCUGGCAUUGAGAUGGCGGGACACACCCAAAGUCAAGACGAUCAGAUCCAAGUCAUUGGCAAUCUGAAGAACAUCUCCAUGGCAUCCAGUAAGCUGCUGCUGGCUGCCAAGUCGCUGUCUGUGGACCCAGGUGCAGCCAAUGCUAAGAAUCUUCUAGCUGUGGCGGCAAGGGCAGUGACAGAGAGUAUUAACCAGCUGAUCACGCUCUGUACCCAGCAAGCUGCAGGACAAAAAGAGUGUGACAAUGCCUUGAGGGAGCUGGAGGCUGUCAGAGGACUCCUGGAUAAUCCCAACGAGCCUGUCAACGAACUCUCCUACUUUGACUGCAUCGAGAGCGUCAUGGAAAACUCAAAGGUCCUAGGAGAGUCGAUGGCAGGUAUUUCUCAGCACUGUAAGACUGGUGAUGUGGUCGCCUUCGGGGAGAGCGUGGGUGUAGCAUCCAAAGCUCUGUGUGGACUCACAGAGGCUGCAGGACAGGCUUCGUAUCUUGUCGGCGUAUCCGACCCCAAUAGUCACUCAGGACACGAGGGGCUGGUUGAUCCCAUUCAAUUUGCUCGGGCCCACCAGGCUAUACAGAUGGCUUGUCAGAACUUAGUGGACCCAGCUAGCAGUCCUUCACAGGUCUUGUCCGCAGCAACAAUUGUAGCCAAACACACCUCGGCUCUGUGUAAUGCCUGUCGCCUGGCUUCCUCCAAAACCUCCAACCCGGUGGCCAGGAGACAGUUUGUGCAGUCAGCCAAAGAGGUGGCCAACACCACGGCCAACCUUGUCAAGACCAUCAAGGUCAACUCUCCAACUGAUCAAAACGCCUUAGAUGGAGAUUUUUCCGAGGAGAACAGAAACAAGUGCCGCGUUGCUACGGCACCGCUCCUUGAGGCUGUAGAAAACCUGUCAACCUUUGCCAACAACCCGGAGUUCGCAAGCAUCCCGGCUCAGAUCAGCAAUGAGGGCUCGGCAGCACAGGAGCCUAUUGUACGUUCCGCUCGCUCCAUGCUCGACAGCUCCACUUACCUUUUGGAAACGGCACGUUCACUGGUCCUCAACCCCAAAGAUCCUCCCACCUGGUCCAUACUCGCGGGCCACUCCAGGACAGUUUCUGACUCCAUCAAGAGCCUCAUCACCUCCAUUAGGGACAAGGCCCCAGGACAGAGGGAGUGCGAUUACUCCAUUGAUAACAUCAAUAAAUGUAUCCGGGACAUUGAGCAAGCUUCACUAGCUGCUGUUGGGCAGAGCCUGCCUUGCAGAGAUGAUAUCUCCAUGGAAGCUCUCCAGGAGCAGCUGACUUCCUCUGUGCAGGAGAUUGGGCAUCUGAUUGAUCCCGUCUCCACGACAGCCCGAGGCGAAGCUGCCCAACUAGGACACAAGGUGACCCAGCUGGCCCGUUACUUUGAUCCGCUCAUUGUGGCAUCAGUGGGACUGGCUUCAAAGCUCCAUGAUCACCAGCAGCAAAUGACCAUUCUGGACCAGACCAAGACCCUGUCUGAGUCGGCCCUGCAGAUGCUCUAUGCUGCAAAGGAAGGCGGGGGGAAUCCAAAGGCGUCACACACACACGAUGCCAUCUCCGAAGCAUCCCAGCUCAUGAAGGAAGCCGUGGACGACAUCAUGGUGACUUUGAACGAGGCUGCCAGUGAGGGGGGCAUGGUCGGGGGCAUGGUGGAGUCCAUUGCUGAGGCCAUGGGCAGGCUGGACGAAGGGACACCACCUGAACCUGAGGGCUCCUUUGUGGACUACCAGACCACAAUGGUGAAGUUCUCUAAGGCUAUCACCAUCACCGCCCAGGAGAUGAUGACUAAGUCGGUGACCUGCCCGGAAGAACUUGGUGGUCUUGCCUCUCAAGUGACAGUGGAUUAUGGACAGCUGGCACACCAAGGGCGUCUUGCUGCAGCAACCGCAGAACCCGAAGAGGUUGGCUUCCAGAUAAAGACACGGGUGCAAGAGCUGGGCCAUGGUUGUAUCUACCUGGUCCAGAAAGCUGGAGCCCUGCAGCUGAGCCCCACUGACAGCUUCUCCAAACGGGAGCUCAUUGAUUGUGCCCGUGCAGUCACAGAGAAGGUGUCCUUGGUACUGUCGGCGCUGCAGGCGGGGAACAAAGGCACUCAGGCCUGUAUCACUGCAGCCUGUGCGGUUUCUGGCAUCAUUGCUGACCUGGACACCACCAUCAUGUUUGCCUCAGCUGGAACACUGAACCCUGAGAAUGAAGAGUCUUUUGCUGACCACAGGGAGAGCAUCUUGAAAACAGCCAAGGCACUGGUGGAGGACACCAAGCUGCUGGUUGCUGGAGCCGCAUCCAGCCAGGACAAACUGGCCCAAGCUGCCCAGUCCUCAGCCAAGACCAUCACCCAGCUAACUGAGGUGGUCAAACAAGGGGCGACCAGCAUGGGCUCCGAGGACCCAGAGACACAGGUGGUUCUGAUAAAUGCAGUGCGCGAUGUGGCCAAAGCUCUGGCCGAUCUCAUCGGCGCCACCAAAUGUGCCGCUGGCAAGCCGGCCGACGACCCGUCCAUGUAUCAGCUGAAGAGUGCCGCCAAGGUCAUGGUGACCAACGUGACGUCUCUGCUAAAAACAGUGAAGGCAGUGGAGGAUGAAGCCACUCGCGGGACGAGGGCACUGGAGGCCACCAUUGAGUGCAUCAAGCAAGAGCUGACAGUGUUCCACUCCAAGGACGUCCCGGACAAGUCCAGCACGCCCGAGGAGUUCGUCCGCAUGACGAAGGGCAUCACCAUGGCAACGGCCAAGGCAGUGGCCGCAGGCAACUCUUCUCAGCAGGAGGCCGUGAUUGCAACUGCCAACCUGAGUCGCAAAGCCAUCUCUGAUAUGCUGACGACAUGCAAGCAAGCAGCGUACCACCAAGAAGUGAGCGAGGAGCUCAGGUACAAGGCCCUGCAGUUUGGCUCCGAGUGCACCAACGGAUACAUCAGCCUUCUGGAGCAAGUGCUGCAGGUGCUGCUGAAGCCCACGCCAGAGCAGAAACAACAGCUGACCACACACUCAAAACACGUGGCCGCUAGUGUGACAGAGCUCGUCCAGACAGCUGAGGCCAUGAAAGGAUCAGACUGCGUGGACCCGGAGGACCCCACUGUCAUCGCCGAGACCGAGCUCCUUGGAGCAGCAGCGUCCAUUGAAGCUGCCGCCAACAAACUCGAACAGCUGAAACCCCGAGCCAAGCCCAAGCAGGCGGACGAGACGCUGAAUUUUGAGGAGCAGAUCUUAGAGGCCGCAAAGUCCAUUGCUGCGGCAACUAGUGCUCUUGUUAAAUCUGCGUCGGCAGCUCAGAGAGAACUGGUGGCACAAGGCAAGGUGGGAUCUAAUCUUGCCAAUGCAGUUGAUGAUGGCCAGUGGUCCCAGGGUCUCAUAUCAGCGGCACGUAUGGUCGCAGCAGCCACCAGUAGCCUGUGUGAGUCAGCGAACGCCUCAGUUCAGGGCCACGCCAGUGAGGAGAAGCUCAUCUCUUCAGCGAAACAGGUUGCGGCCUCCACGGCUCAGCUGCUGGUGGCCUGCAAGGUGAAGGCAGACCAGGAUUCUGAAGCCAUGAGGAGACUACAGGCUGCUGGCAACGCAGUGAAGCGAGCUUCAGACAACCUGGUGAAGGCGGCUCAGAAAGCAGCGUUUGACAAGACGGAAGAUGAUAGCGUGGUCGUAAAGACCAAAUUUGUCGGCGGCAUAGCUCAGAUCAUCGCAGCUCAGGAGGAGAUGCUGAGGAAGGAGCGAGAGCUGGAAGAGGCUCGGAAGAAGCUGGCUCAGAUCCGGCAGCAGCAGUACAAGUUUCUGCCCAGCGAGUUGAGGGAGGACGAGGGCUGACUGGCUCAGCAGGAACCCAGGAACCGUGUUUGCUGCACUGACGAGAUCCUGUUUGUCAUGGGCUGAUGUUGCCGGUGUACAAAUGGCUCCUUUUUACUCUGCAGAGUAACAUACGGCACUUGAAACAGGCCUGUUUAGUGAGAAAACAAGUGCCUGUGCUUUAGUGUGUGUGCGGGUGUGUGUAUACGUGUGUGUGUGUGUGUGUCGACUUCGUGUGUGUGUGUCUGUGUGUGUGUGUGUAUUUGUCAGUUCAUCACGCUGACAUUGAAGUUGUCACUGUUGUCAAUAUGAGCAAGUCGAGAGUGUGUGAUGUGAUAAACAUUGCUUUGUGAGUGUUGACUGCAUCGCUGACUGUUACAGUUGUGAACUGAAGAUGUUACAAAUGCAGAAAUCCUCUAUAAUCUAUGAAUGUGCUAUAAUUGCUGAAGGUUUCCGAGCAAAUAGAGAUGAAUUGGUGACAAACCUAAAGGUCCAUAGCUUGUAUCCUAACAGUCAAUGUAAAAAAACAACAACAACAACAAACAAACUAUGAAUUGUAGAUGUAAAAAAAAACAACCAAACAUCUUUUGGUUGAAAUAAUUAUUAAAAAGGCAGGAAGGAGAUUUUUCAUUUCACCACUGCUUUGCAUGCACCCUAUGGCUAUACAUAUCAGUGAUGCUACUAACCAAUAGAGUAGUAAACAGAAAGGCACUUGUAUUUUACUUAUAAAAAUGUGAAUUUUGGGUUUGCUGUUCGCCUAAGAAAUCAUUUCAAAUGUUGGGAUUCUGAAACUAAACUCUGUCGUCAGCUUGACACCAAACAAUGAUUUGCUCUGAUUAAGUAAAUCAGAUAAAAUAAAAUAGGGAGCAAAUAACAAGUGAAAAAAAAAAAAGGCUAAUAAUAGCUAUAAAUAUAUUUAUUCUUGAAAAAAAAAAAGACGUUUUCUAAGGAAAAAGUAGUUGUUUAAGAGCAGACAAGUGCAAUCUAUGUUAGAAUCUGGACUUUACGUGACCAAAUAUGUUCCUUGUGCUUUACGUUGUGCUUUCUGUCAACCCCCCCCCCCCACACCCUCAUAUACGCACGUGUAGGGAAUAUUGAGUAAUGUUUACAUUUCUGGUCAUGUUUGUUCUCCCUCUCGUGCUACACUACACCGGCCAGAUUUAGUUUAAACACACAACCAUACCGUUAUUUACCACUAGUCACCCCCACUGUCAUGGUGAUGGUGUUGAGACCGACGGUCUAUAGCAAUAUUCUCGCAGGAUAAUAAUAUAAUGAGUGUCUACGUUGUUACAGGACGAUUGGAUGUGUGCGGUCAUAUUUGGCUCCGGGCUCUUGAAUGAAUCGAGCAUACAUUAUGCACUGACGUUGCUCAUAAACCUACGCACUGAAGACUAUUUAAAGCUUCUGUUCUAUUAAAUGUGGAGCGUUCACUUAGCAAAGUAGAAGGAUUUAGAUUUGAGUUCCGGUCGAGGAAACAAAUUCAAUAAUUCUAUUUUCUUUGGUAUAUAAAUGUGUUAUAUAUAUAUAUAUAAACUGUAUAUUGCAGAAAUGUUAAACAGUUAAUCUCCUUAGUCUGUCCAUGCCAAUGUCUGGUCUGCAUUGUGUACUAGUGCCUUACUUGAGUCUGUCCUGUGAGCAGCUGAAGAUCAGGCUCGGUGGGAGUCUGAGUUUUCCUCUCUGAAUCAGAACACGAUGCCAUUCUGAUGCCCCGUCGGGGUCUUAAUAAACUGUCACCUAUACUCCUUUGCCAUACAAUACAAUACAAUGCCUUGGCUGGUGACCUACCUGCCUACAAUGUUCUAAUGCUGAUAUAAAAGGGCAUCUGUGGAUACCUUUAGGAUUUAGAGACCAUAUCAGAAAACUAACACUAGACUGCAUUCCAUGAGCAUGUGGCAAUUUGUGUUCCAAUACCUUCCUUUGUUUCACUGUCUGAUUAUUACUCUUAAAACAAUACGUUUUUAUCAGUACAUGUAAUAAUUACCCUGAAGUAUAUUGUCUUAACUGAUUUUGUCCAAGUAUUAACAGAAAUGGAGAAAGAAAAAAAAAAAGUCACUAGCUCUGUUAUGAAUUGGUGUUGUGCUUUCUUUAAGAGACUGCAUUUGUUUUAUGAUUUUAUGCUGUAUGUAUAAUAUUUAUCUGGUCACAAAAGUAUUUUUUGUAUUCACAAAAAAAAAAAUAAAAAAAAAGAGUUUCAAACAA